AUGGAAACUUGGUCAGUUGAUCAGGUCUGCAGUUGGUUGGUGGAGAAAAACUUAGGAGGGCUAGUUUCCAGGUUUCAAGAGGAAGAAAUCAGUGGGGCCGCUCUGCUAGCACUGAAUGAUCGGAUGGUUCAGCAACUGGUGAAGAAAAUUGGUCACCAGGCUGUUCUGAUGGAUUUAAUUGAAAAAUACAAGCAGAAGAGCCAAGGACUGAGGCCUCCGGGAUGCCCUAGAGACGCAGCGCCAGGGACCCAAGCGGAAGCAGCCCCCGAGGUGGAGCAAUGCUGCAGUCCAGCCACCCGCGGGGAGCAGGUGCCGCCUUUCUCUCCAGCCGAAAGCCUUGACAGUGGGCAGAUUGACCACAGAGUCCUGAAACAGAGGAGAAGCAUGAAGCAUGUUCUAGUGAGGAAUAAAGCUCUGCAGUGGAGCCGGGCCUACGUGUUGCCAGAGUUCCCCUACGACGUCAGAUGCGCUCUAGCAGAGCGGAAGGGCCCGGAUCACAGCAUGAGGAUACGGAUCAUAGAGUUUCUGCAGGCUGACAUGACCAAGUAUCUCGAAGGCUCGCUGUACCCCACCGCCCAGCAGUACAAUGACGUGGUCAACGCCCUUCUGCAGGCCCACCCCUUCCUGGACGAGGACGGCUGUGGCUUCUUUUCAUGGAAAAGAGCACUCAAAGAUCGCUUUAAAUAUGUUCGAAGACCGAUAGAAGAUGAUGAACAAGUUAUGAGAAAUAAGUACAAAUUUGGACACCGAAGAGGCCAGACAAGAAAAUCUCUUGCUGAUUCAAGAUUUGAUGAAAUUAAAACUGUCCAAAUAAAAGAACCGCAGACUCUGUGUCUCUCCCCAUCCCUCCAAUUCAACAUUAACUGAAUCCAGCAAGAGUGUGUGAAGGCCGAAAAGAACUGGGGAGAAAUUGACUAAAGGAUGAGCCAGACUUUGGAGAUAAGAAGAGAUGUGAUCGGCAGCAGAAUGCCUCAGAAGGACAUUCUUAAAAUGUUUCCAUUCUUGGGCCUGGGAUUUAGCUCAGCGUGCCCUUAUCAAAUGUUCGGAGAAUUCCAACUUCUAACAAGAACAGAUAUUUGUAAGAAAACAAGGCACAUUUUGGAAUCCUAUUCAGAAAAUACACUGCCUGCCUUUUCAGUGGCGGACAAUCCCAUCAACACUGCGCCGGAGAAGCAGGGAAGCGGUGCACAGACGGAGGCCUGCCGAAACAUUGAUAUGAAGAUGACGGCCACAUGUUUACUCCUUCCAGGGGCAUUUGGGGAUGAUCCCAGCCUUUCUGUUGUUGUGAAUGAGAAGGUCCAAGUGUCCACGCCUGUGUUGGAAGUUAAAAACCCCUUUGACGUCCAUGUUUGUGAAUUUUCUCUAUACCUGGGCAAGGAGAAGCUCACAGAGGUGGAGGUCAGUGUCACAGCCCUGGCGGUUCUCGUGGCUGCCUUUCAUAUAUUUGGGAUUGGCCCGAGAAGACUGUCUCAAACCCUCAACUUCUUAGAGACGCUGAUCCUGGAGACGCACAGUCCCUAUUUUCCUUCUUUGAAAGAAAAGGAAAAGGAAGUAGGAUUUCAGCCCGUCACUUACCAGCAUGCCAGAGCUUACAUCAAAAGUCACCUGUGGGUCAGCUGA